CUUCCUGUUAACUUCCCUGACAGUCGAGUCUAGUGCUUACUGUCGUGCAGAACGUUCCGAGAUAUCGUAGCUGGACGUUCUUCAAUCGUGAAACAUGAAGAACAAAAUGGAAAAUGUAGAGGAUAGAGAUACACUUCUAAGCACAAAAGAAAUGUUAAAGAAAAAUGUGGAAUUACUAAGAUAUAAGCGGACAUCCUAUCUCUUGACGGUUCUCACAGCACUUUUGUUUUCUCUUAUAUUGUUCGUUUGCUUGAGACAUAUAUUUUCUACAAAAAAUAUAAGAGAGAGAAAGAGUACGAACAUCGUCGAAGUACCAACAUUCGAAUUAAUUGCAAUAACUGAAGGAACUGCGGCACUCGUUGAUCUUUACAUUCCGGAUAAAAAAGAUUCCGUGAAUCAUAAAGAAGAUAUAAAUUCAAUAAAUAGUUCCCAAAAAACAGACGAAAUUUCAUUUGAUACUAUCAAAGAUGUAAAACAAGAGAAUGAUCAUUCGCGCUUGUUCAUGGAUAAACUUUAUAAUGACAAAUUCUCCAGUAAUGAGAAUAACAAACAAACUGAGGCAAGUUCACGACCACAAAAUAGUUUCCAAAAGCAUAGGAACUUUGAUAUUCCCCCGAAUUUUCCCAAGUUAGGACAAGAGAAUUUAGCUCAAGUUUAUGAACGUAAGCCACUGACAGAUAAUCUACAUACAUUAGACGGUACUAAAAGUAUAAGUCAUGAACGUACGCUAUUAGAUAAUCAACAAAGAUUAGACAGUCUAUCGAAAAGAAUAUCGGAUUACUCUCUUACUGCAAGACCUCCGAGUCUGAAAGAUUACGUAGGUUACAAAAGAGACGUAAAUCCAAAGAGUAAUUCUCAAAAAUCAGAAGAUGUUUCAUCUGAUCCUUUCGAAAAUGAAACACAAAAAGGUGAUAAUUUAUUCAUGGAUAAAUCCUUUUACGAUGACAAAAUCUUUAGCGAGGAGAGUGACAAACGAGAAAAAGCAAAAUCUCAGUGGUGGCGCACAAUUGCAAUGCUAGGCAAGUCUGCUGAAAUAUCAUCAGAACAUGCGAGUAAAGAUUCUUUAGUUUCUCAAACGACAGAACACAAAGAAGACGACAUUUCAAGCGACAAAGAUAAUGCAGAAUACGACAAUAUAAGUAACAUCGACAAUCAGCAUAUUUCAUUCCAUGACCCUAUGCUUACUGGGAUAAAAAGUGAAGAAAAUAAGUAUUCGUUAGAGGAAAUGUCUGACAAAUGUGAAUCAGGCGGAGAGAUUAAAGAAAUGUGUAUUGGGAACUGUAAAUCAUAUGAAACAAUAACAUUAUUGAUACCGAAGACUCGGCUAUCGUCGUACGUGUUUUCUAAAAUUAGCAAUGAUUUUUCCAUAUAUUUCGGAGUACAUGACAUACAGGCGUUACUUAAAAACUCAAAUCAGUUCGGAGAUUGGUGGUCUAUCAAAACUUCAGAAAAUAAAAAAUUUUUCUGUAAUGGACAAACACAAAAAUGCAACUAUUAUCUCCAUUGCUCUAAAGAAGAGGAACUCACCUCUAACGAAAGAGAUACAAUGAAUAAAUUAACAAGGAACAAGGAAGAUAGUUACUACGAUGAUUUCCACUCGAAAGAGCAUGACAAAGUUCCACACGACUAUGAAAAUGACAACAGGGAAUCAGAUAAAGACUUGUUUGUUAGCUCGGAAGAAAAACAAGAAGAUGUAAUUUACAAGCAGCAUGAGAUACAAACAAUCGAGGCAUCUUCCACUUCCUCUUCCACUUCCGAGGAUGACUCGUAUUACUACGACCAUUACCACGGUAACAUUCAUAAUAUUAACGGUCCUGGUACGGCUUUCAACCAUCAUAUGUUUUGCAGCACAGAAUAUAUGCUUUAUCUAUGGUUUAAUAUUAUAUGCAACUUGAAUUCAAAGCUAAAGUGGGAGGCUUACUUGACAUGGGAGAAAGAAUCAAUUGAAGAACCAUUAUUAUUAUACAUAGAGGGGAACGAAUCAAUCACCAAAGUAUAUAUUCCUGACUAUCGUAGUGCGUUACUAUUUGGAAAGAAAGUGUUAACGGAUUGCCUUGUCAGAGAAGAUAGAAUCCUCUUCAUGAAAUCGUCUUUCGAAGACAGUCCGAGCAAUAUUAUAACGCAUAUCAAAAAGUGCAUAAUUGACAAGUACAAAGACAUGAUAAAAAAGAAGGAUUGAGAAAAAGCAGUAGUAUAUGAUGCUAUAUGUUAAUAAAGAUAUAAUAACGUAUAUAUAUAUACACGUUAAACAAUAAUGGAGGAAAAUAAACAAAUAUUUACCAUAAGAACGUGCACAGAUACACAACGUAGUCGGGUGUACUGUUAAUAAACCCAUUUAUAGGAAUAUAAAAAUAAUUCGAACCAAUAAAGAACACUACAAUAACAACU